AUGGUGUCCCAGGUGCUGCAGCUGCUCCGCCAGGGCGUGUGGGCCGCGCUCACCGGGGGCUGGUACUACGACCCCGAGCACAGCAGGUUCACCAACAGCUGCCACCUCUACCUGUGGCUGUUCCUGCUGCUGCUGCCGGUGGCCGUGCACCUGGCUUUUCCUCCAAACGCCAUGACUGUAUUUUUUUACUGCAGUUCAGUGACUGUAUUCUUCACAAUAAUCAAAUUGGUCAGCUACCGCCUGCACCUCAUGUUCGACAAAGGGGAGGCGGUUCCUCCGAGGCCCCCCAGGGAGGAGGAGAGGCCAGGCAGAGACAGAGAGGCCGACGGCGGACGCCCCGCCGAUCACAAAAACCCCAGCACCCGGCCGGCCAUCGCCGUCGGCGGCAGGAAGGAGGAGGCCAGCCCCGAGCACUCUUCGCGCCCGCCCCGCGGCAGCCCCGGAGGACACGGCGUCGGCUCCCGUCACUCCGCGGCGCUGCUGCAGCCUGGGGCCCUGGCGUCAUCUCCCUCACCUGCUUCUGAGGCCCACGUGCUGGAAAGCACGGCCCCCUCAGCGAGACCGACUAAACCGGCGGCGGCAGAGGAAAGCGGCAGCGGGAGGGGAGGAGGCGGCGAGGCGCGGCGCCCGCCCCGCCACAGGUCUGAUGGUGGCCUGGUGGAUAAGGGCGCCUUGAAAAAGCGGCCACACCUGUCCUUGUCCCAGUACGACUUACUAGAAACCGACGUCUCCUUCCAGCCGUGGGGGAGCGAACGUUCAGUCCUGGUUCCGGAGAUCAUGGGGGGUGCCCAGGGCCCCCCAAGGGAGCAGAUGCAGGGCAGGUCGCCUCAGGACAGCCCAAGCAGUAGCUGCCCUCACUGUGACACGGUUGUCACCAAACCUGAGCACGAGCUGGUGGACGCUGCCCGGCAGGUGGACCCUCCCUCAACCCAGGCAGCGGACCCCUCAGACAGCGAGGUGGCCGUCACUCUUUGCGACGCCUCUCACCCGGGAGAGCCGCCGAGUCUGCAGGAGCCCAUCAGAAUCGUCAUCACCAUGAGCAGCACCCCAAGCUCCGUGACCGACGGGGAAAGCUCACUGCCCCCGAGGGCGCUGGGCCCCGAGUCCACGGGUGUGAGGCCGGGUGCUGCGCCAGGCCCCCCCGGGGCGGCCAGGCCCGCACGCACCGAGCAGGUGACAGUCCCCGUCAUCACCCUCGAGCUGCCUGGGGGUGGCGGAGGAGGCACGUGUCCCGGAGGCCGCGGGGGUCAGAGGACUGCAGAGAGGCGGGCGGCGCAGGCGCCCUCCACCCAGCGUUCCGGCCGGGAGUCUGGGGAUGGGGGACAUGCCACCACGAGCCUCAGCGCCUCCCCGAGAGACCCCUGUGAAACCGCGGCCCGGCUCCCAGCCCGCGCCAGCCAUGAGCAGGGGCACGGCCGGGGCCGCAGCGUGGACGCCGGGACCGACGCCGUCUUCAGCGAAAGUUCCGCAGGAGUUAUCAGCGGUAAAGAGAAAGCAAUGCCCACUUCCAAGUCUGACCUGGAGGCCAAGGAGGGCCAGACCCCCAACGAAUCCAACUUCCUGGAGUUCGUCUCCCUGCUGGAAUCCGUCGGUGGCGCCAAGGUGGCGGGGUCCAGCCAGAGGGGUGGCCCAGCGGAGCCGGACGGGGACGGCGGGCUCCCCAGAGGUAACCGCUCCCCGGAGAAGGAGGUGAUCCUAGAAGGCGAGAGGCCCAGCGGACCCGGUUCCAAGCAAGGAACACCGGACGUGCCGAGUCGGAACCACACCGGCACCGGCCCAGGGGUCGCCGAGCCUGCCAGGAUCACGGCCCUUUUCCAGGGCAGCAGACAAAGACAGAUAAUCUACAGGGUGACUUCCCAACAAGACAGCUCAGUGUUGCAAGUCAUCAGCGGGCCCGAGACGUCCGUGCAAGAUGAGAUGCCCGCAGAGGCCGUGCACGUCUUCAUCGAUGGACACGGGGAAAUUCGAUCCUGUUAUUUAAAGUCUGCCAAUCAGACGGAAGGCCCUGUCCAGCGUCAGCCAUCAAAUUGCGACGGCUUCUCCCAGGCCGGAGAGCUGCCCAUCGGCUCCUCCAGCACCAGCUCUGCCGAGAGUCCAGAGCCGUCCUCCGGGGACCCGGCCGUCAGCGCACUCCAGCGACAGCUGUUGCUCAUGGUGGCUCAGAGGACCCAGCCGGAAGCCACUCGGCGUCCGAGUCGGGGCCCGGAGGACUCGUCCUGUUCAUCCACACAAGGGAAGUUUGACCGGGAGCAGUUCUACAAGUUCGUCAUCUUCCCGGGCAAGUGGAUCAAAGUCUGGUGCGACCGCCUGGCCCUGCUGGCGCUGCUUGACCGAACCGACGACGUCCAGGAAAACGUGCUGGCCGUGUCGCUCUUUGUCCUGGUGUCGCUGCUGGGGUUCCUGACGCUGAGCCGGGGCUUCGGCCGGGACCUGUGGCUGCUGCUCCUCUGCCACGUCAUGGCCAGCUGCCAGUACUCGCUGCUGAAGAGUGUCCAGCCGGACCCCGCCUCGCCGAUACACGGCCACAACCGGAUCAUAACCUACAGCAGACCGAUCUAUUUCUGUGCGCUGUGCGGCCUCAUCCUGCUUCUCGACGCCGGGGCCAAAGCCAGGCGCGCCCCCACCCACACCGUGUACGGCCUACAGCUCCUCUCCCCAGAGUCUCUGCGGUCGGCCAGGGACCUCGUGAUGGCGUGCCUGUACUGCUUCCCGGCCAUCUCCCUGCUCGGCCUCUUCCCGCAGGUCGACACGUUCUGCGUUUAUCUUCUGGAACAGAUCGACAUGCUGCUUUUUGGGGGUUCCGCCGUCUCCGGGGUGACGUCAGCCGUGUACAGUGUGGGCCGCAGCGUCGCCUCCGCCACCGUGCUGCACGUGCUCUGCUUCCACGCCGUGAAGGAGCCGUGGAGCACUCAGCACAUCCCAGCGCUGUUUUCGGCUUUCUGUGGUCUCCUGGCCUCCCUGUGCUACCAUCUGAGCAGGCAGAGCAGCGACCCGUCUGUGCUCCUGUCCUUAAUUCAAUGCAGAUUUUUCCCGAAAUUUCGACAGCGAAAUCUGGAGGUGUCGGCUGCGGAUCCCCUCCCUGGGAAGAUGAAGGAUUCGGUGAAGGAUGUCUUAAAGUCGGAUCUCGUCGUCUGCUCGGUGGCCGCCGUGCUGUCCUUCGCGGUCAGUGCCAGCACCGUGUUCCUGUCCUUGCGACCUCUCCUGGGCAUCGUGCUCUCUGUCCUGGCCGGCGCCGUGGGCUUCGUGACCCACCAGCUGCUCCCGCAGCUCCGCAAGCACCACCCGUGGAUGUGGAUCUCGCAGCCCGUGCUCAAGAGCAGGGAGCACUGGCAACAGGAAGUGACCGAUGUCGCCCAUUUAAUGUGGUUCGAAAGACUCUAUGUUUGGCUUCAGUGUUUCGAAAAAUAUGUCUUGUACCCAGCCAUAAUCUUGAACGCCGUCACGAUCGAUGCAUUUUCAAUAAGCAACUACCAGCGGCUCCGGACCCACUCCGCCCUCUGCCAGCACCUGCUGCUGGACUCAGGGUCCCCAGUGCCCCCACCGCGGACGGACGCCCCAACUCCAGAUGCCUACUCCUGUCGCCUCGGCCUGAAGCUUGGGGACCUGCUCCAGAAGCUCCAGUUCGUCAUGACGUACGUGGCUCCCUGGCAGAUGGCGUGGGGCUCCUCGUUUCACGUGGUCGCCCAGCUCGUGGCGAUCCCUCACUCCGCCCUGCUCUUGCUUCAGACGCUCGCCUCGUCCAUCCUCUCCAGCCCGCUGAGCCCGUUUCUCGGGAGCGUCAUUUUCAUCACUUCGUACGUCCGGCCGGUGAAAUUCUGGGAGAAGAACUACAACACGAGGCGCGUGGAUAAUUCCAACACGAGACUGGUGGUCCAGAUCGAAGGGGAUCCAGGGAGCGACGGCAGCAGCCGCAACGCCAUCUUCUACGAGCACGUGACCAGGGCCCUCCAGGCGACCCUCUGCGGCGACCUAGCGCUGGGCCGCUGGGGCAGCUACAGCUCCGGCGACUGCUUCAUUCUGGCCUCGGAUGACCUCAACGCCUUCGUGCACCUGAUCGAGGUCGGCAACGGGCUCGUCACCUUCCAGCUGCGCGGGCUGGAGUUCCAAGGGACCUACUGCCAGCAGAGGGAGGUGGAAGCCAUCAUGGAAGGUGACGAGGACGACCGGGGCUGCUGCUGCUGCAAGCCGGGCCACGCGCCCCACCUGCUGUCCUGCAACGCCGCCUUCAACCUGCGCUGGCUCACCUGGGAGGUCACGCGGACGCGGUACAUCCUGGAGAGCUACAGCAUCACGGACAACAACGCGGCCACCAUGCUGCAGGUGUUCGACCUCCGGAGACUCCUCAUCCGAUACUACGUCAAGAGCAUCAUCUACUACAUGGUGACGUCCCCCAAACUCCUCUCCUGGAUCGAAAAUGCGUCCCUCCUGAAGUCCCUGCAGGCCUUUGCCAAGUGGCACCACAUCGAGCGAGACCUCACCAUGUUCAACAUCAACACGGAUGACGACUACGUGCCGUGCCUCCAGGGCAUCACGCGCGCCAGCUUCUGCAACGUCUACCUCGAGUGGAUCCAGCACUGCACACAGAUGAGGCCGCAGCCUCCCAAGAGCCUGGACUGUGACGAGGACUCGCCCCUGGUGACCCUGUCCUUCGCCCUGUGCACCCUCGGGAGGCGGGCUCUGGGGACAGCCGCUCACGGCAUGGCGCUCAGCCUGGACUCGUUCCUGUACGGUCUCCACGCCCUCUUCAAAGGCGACUUCAGGAUGACCGCCCAGGAUGAGUGGGUGUUCGCCGACAUGGACCUGCUGCACAAAGUCGUCGCCCCGGCCAUUAGGAUGUCCCUGAAGCUUCACCAGGCCCAGUUCACGUGCCCUGACGAGUUCGAGGACCCAGUGGUCCUGUACGAGGCCAUCCAGUCCUUUGAGAAGAAAGUCGUCAUCUGCCACGAGGGCGACCCGGCCUGGAGGGGCGCGGUGCUGUCCAACAGGGAGGAGCUGCUGACGCUGCGCCACGUGGUGGACGAGGGCGCGGCAGAGUACAAGGUCAUCAUGCUCCACAGAAGCUUCCUGAGCUUCAAGGUGAUCAAGGUCAACAGGGAGUGCGUGCGCGGCCUGUGGGCGGGGCAGCAGCAGGAGCUCGUGUUCCUCCGCAACCGCAACCCCGAGCGCGGCAGCAUCCAGAACAGCACGCAGGUGCUGCGCAACCUGAUCGGCUCCUCGUGCGACCAGCCGCUAGGCUACCCCAUGUACGUCUCCCCGCUGACCACGUCCUACCUGGGCUCCCACGGCCAGCUGCAGAGCGUCUGGGCUGGGCCCGUCACCUUGGACGGCAUCAGGAGCUGGUUCCGAACCAAGUGGCUGAGGGUCCCUGCCACGCCUGAUUUCGUCCUGUACCCUGCUGACAAGGCCUCUUGCAGCUGGUCCCUCUUCUGGCCCACAGCACAGCUGAGGCCAGUUCUUCCUGAAGCCACCAGUGGGGUUAGCCGGCCAGCUGCACAGUGCCACGUGUCCCUGUGCACAGCGGCUGGCGUGCCACCUCGACUACGUUCAGGUCGUUCUUCCCGACACAAACAGAGUCGGGCCCAGAAGGUCUGGUGGGAUGAGCGUGCGGCCAGUCGCGGGAUGGUGAGGUGUCCUGCUGGCUCGCCCCGCCUGCAGACAGGCGUCUCGGGGGCCUGGACUUCAGCGUUAGAGCCAGGGAGGCCUGGGCCAACGCACAGGUCCAGCCUGGCCACUGCCCCCACCCUCUGGCCGCUGGCACCCUGCGGUCAGCCCUUCAGCGCUUGGGGCGCCCACCGAACCCCCCGGGUCCCUCGGGCCCCUCGGGCCCAGGGGGAGCGGGCCACCCACCUCACUGCACAGACACCGACAUCGCCAUGGCAACCUGCUCUGCUUUCUUUUAAAGGCAGGAGGAAAGGCCGGAGCCGGUCCAUCCAGGCACACGGGACGCUGGGCCAGAGGCCGCCCGUCCUGAGCACGUCCGGCCCGAUCCCAGAGAGCCGCCACGCCGCCCUGCAGACGUCCGCGUCGGCCCAGGGCCUGGCCCCGCAGCGCGCGGGCAGCCUGCUGUCCUUACGCACCUCCGCCCCGUCCCUGCACACUCAGCCCCCGCCCGUCACCGGCACCGACCACCUGAGCGUCCGCGAGCGGGCCGAGGCGCUGGUCAGGUCCAGCCUGGGCUCGUCCACCAGCUCCACCCUGAGCUUCCUCUUCGGCAAGAGGGGCUUCUCCAGUGCUCUGGUCAUCUCUGGACUGUCGGCCGCAGACGGGGGCAACACCAGCGACACCCAGUCGUCCAGCAGCGUCAACAUCGUGAUGGGCCCCUCGGCCCGGGCUGCCAGCCAGGCCACCCGGCACUUCUCGGAGCCCUGUGAACCCACCGAGGCCACCUCCCAGGCGCAGCUGCGAGGCCACCACCUGGCCGAGGCUGUGGCUGCGGGCGUCGGGGUGGUCUGCAGGAGAGCCAGCCAGGAGGACAUGGGCCUGGACGACACGGCGUCGCAGCAGAGCGCCUCUGACGAGCAGUAGGGCCCGCGGGGCUGGGAAGGGCCCCGGUCGGGCGAGAGCCCCAACCCCGCAGCUCCACCCGUCCCCCUUCUGCUCCCCAAAACUAAAAGGAUCAAAUGUUGCCAUCCACGCAAGGCCCUUCCCUUUGAAAAACGAGAGCUGGUGUAGAAAAUGGCAUAACUUUAUCUCAGGUUCUUGAAAAAUAUCUCGCGAUGAAAACAAACCGACUCGCCACCAGGCUUCCGGGGCCCUCGACGCCCCUCCGAGCUCGAGCUGCCCCGGAGCGGGAGGCACAAAGCCCUCUCCGGAAUCCACAGCCGCAAACAGAAGCCAUGUGACAUCGCAGAACAACGAGCAGCAGAGCACGCAGGCCCCUCCUUCCGCCCCGAUGGACGUGAGACAGCUGCGUGUCGACGACUGGCCUUUCACACGCUGCCAACACCAUGAAGAGGACCGGACAGCACCACUGGCUGAGCGCGCGGAGGUCACGUCCACGCACGAAGCGAACCCCUUCUUUACAAUGCUCCUGCGGAUGUGAAGGAUGAACCAGCGACGCCUUCCCUGCCAGAGACGGAGCCCCGCCGGACCUGGCCGGGCGGGCAUGGACGCCUAGUCCAGGCGCAGCCCGCAAGGUUCCAGAAGGACGAGGCUCAGGGGCGGUGGGCCGUGCGGCCCCUGCUGUGCCGCUCCCACACCCUCGCUUCUGCAAUAAAGAGGUUUCUGUGGCUCCUGCCGUGUCCGGUUGUGUGAGUUCUGCCAAAACAGCUGUCGUUUCUGAAAAACGAG